AGCUCAUGGCAUGAUCCAUUCCCAAACAAAGAAGAAAGACCGAAAGAGUCUCAGGUGCUUGUCGAUGAGAAAUGACUGAGGACCAUCCCCGCAACGUUGUCAGAUAACCGACCCGACAAACACAGCCUGCACACAUCCCACCUUGUAGCAUAACAUUCCUAUUUGUCGUCGGCAAUCUGGCAUAGACGCGGCAUCUCUCUCCCUUGAGGCGCACAGUGCCUGUUGAACAACACAGCUUGGUCGUCUUGUCUCUCACCUCUAGAAAUGGCGGCAAUGCGCGACGAAGACAAGUUUUACUCAAUCGCCAGCUCCCCAGAUGAAUCUGAAGAAUGGAUCACCGACCCGGAUGACGAUGCCGACAGUGCGAGCAUGCUGGGACCGCCUCAGCAUCCCAUGCCAUCGAUGCAAGCUGCUUUUGAGGAAACGAUUCGCGAUCACGAAGUAGCAAAGGCGGCGGCGGCGGCGGCGGCGGCAGCAGCAGCAGCAGCAGCAGCAGCAGCAGGAGGCCUCAACACCGAUGCCAACAGUCCUAGUGACAGAGCCUUGAACGACACAUCCCCAGAACACGAACCUUCAGACGGACUGGCAAGUCGUCACGGAAAUGCCAAUACCCACAUUUCUUCAGGCUCUGAUGGCCCAAGUGUAGGCCAGCAUCACCCUCUCCUCAAACUUGUCGCCCAGAUAAUUUUUGGUCUCCACCUUCUCUGUCAUCGCCGAGCACUGAGUUCUGCCGAGGUCAUUCGCAUCCUCCAAAGCCACGUCUCAUCCAUCGAUGCCUUCCUGGAACAGACGGACAAAGACCUGGACCUUGCGAAUGAAAAGGCGCGGCAGCGCGUUCCGCACAUGCAACGAGAUUUCACCAAGCUGAGUCUGAAAGCGAUCCUGAAGUAUGACACCGACCGGACGGAAAAGGAACUGCAGGAGUGGGAGAUCGAGGUCAGGGAAAUUGUUCGCACAACGACUACUUUCAAAGAUACCAUGGUCCGCACUUUCGAGGUCUGCGAAGACGCCCUCAUGGAGCUGCGAGAUUACAUCGAUCGCGUAAUGUCGGGUAAGGAAUCAAAAUGGCCUCCUGAUCCUGUCGAGCCGAGCGAUGUCACCAAGACCCCAAAGACUAAGCCUGAAGACGAAGAGGAAGAAGAUCGCAUUACUCCGGAGGAGAUUGUCGACGUCUUCAAAGCGAUGCGCGGUAACGAGCAAGGUUGGUUGAGAGUCUCGCAGGAAAUGACCGGAAAGCUUGUCCCACUGGAGUACCAUAUUGAGCAAUUAGUCGCAUGGUCGAACACAGUCUCCGACCAGCGAAGUAGCGGCGCAUAUGAGAGCGACGAAUUCAUCGAAGGCGAAGCACGCAGCCGUAGUGAGGGAGACGAGUACAUGGCGGAGAGAAAAUUGAAGAAGCAUUAUCGCUCGCCAUCCGCCCCAUUCACGUCCACGAAUCGCCAUGCUUCAAUCUCUGCCCGUUUCAGCGUACAGCCUAUCCAACAAGAUGAUGACACUAUGUCCGUACGGCGUCAGCAUCGACGGAACAACACUUCGAUGGGCAUUCCUCGACUCGAUAAGCCACUGCCACGACAGCCUUCAAAUGUCAGCAACAACUCCAAGAGGAACAGGCACAAGACAUUGUCCAAACCGAUCCUAGAACCAGCCCAUCCAAUCCCAUUCGACAUCCGCUUUGAGCAACCGCGAGAAGAAGCCCCUUUCCCACCAGACAUUGCCAUCCGAAAGCGUGGAAUACAAGAAUCGACCCAGAAAAGCACCGGCAGCUCGUCUCAAAGAACAGCAAGCCUUGAGGAUAAGGAAGGCGCGGCCCCAUCCCCGAUCUUCGCGCCCGCUGAGGUCAAGGAAAACAAAUCCUUCCUCGCCCGGAACAUGUCCCGACUCAGUGGGCAGUAUCGCCGCACGCAGAGCUUCUCCUUAGGCCGCCAACAGCCUCGCGAGGCGCGAAUCGCAGCCGUGAACACGACUUAUGAUCUUGCAGCCUUCCUGCGAGAUUCUGGACCUGCUCCAAUUUGGGGCAGUUUCACUCGUGCGCGAGGAGCGACGAGGAUGGAGAACACUGUCGAAGAUGCCUCCGGAAGCGAGUCAAACGAGGCUGGAUGCGCCAAUGGCAUCGUGGACAACCAGGGAGAAUUCUCCGAGAUUCCGAUCGGCAUUUCACUGCCCUCGCCAGGUAUCAUGAAAAGCUUCAGUAACGGACUCGGGUUCGGUUCGAGACCCAGUACAUCUGCAGGGAUUAUGACUGGCAAGAGGCUUUUCAAAAAGGCUCGCCCCGAGACUGCAAUUCCAGAAGCGAACAAUGUGCUCACUGCACAAUCAACAGGUCCUGCAUACCCUGUCGUGGGCGGCGACGAAAAGUCUUACGGCGAUGUCGCCAGCGGGCAAGAUCAACAGGACGAGGGAGCACAUCCGCCAGAUAUUUCAUUUGGCAUCUCUCGCGAUCAAAACAACCGCUUGAAUCGGGAGAAUGUGCCACGUAAUAUCGUGACAUCAGGCUCGCAGUCAGCUUCCGAGGCAUCAUCUUCGCAGCUACCAUACCGGCAAAAUUCCUUCGUGCAGCCAGCACAACAAGCAGAAAUUUCGCCCAUCACUCCUGAAGAAAACUCCGUCUGGAUGACUAUGUCGGCGACGAUGAGUGGCAGGAGAAGCCUACAUGUCGUCUCACCGGCACCACCCUCUCCGAUCGAUUCCAGUGUGCCUGAGCUCCAAUCUCCCAGGAUUUCAUACGCUGGUGUGUCCGGUCGGGAAAACGGCGCUUUGUAUCUAUGCAAUGGCGCCGAUGGAGGACGGGGCGGCCAAGAGAGCACCAGCAGUCUGAGCAGUGGAGACAGUGAUAACAGCAGCGUCUUCAACGAUCGUCUCAACAUGACCCACCACAUGGUAGGCAUCACACCUGACAAGGAUCAUUUGAAAUGUCGUGGCAUGCCGCCCACUGUCAGCCACCGCGCCGAUGCUUCUACUUCUAACCUGCCGCCCACGGACUUUGAAACUUUGAGUGGCGAAGCUUGUCCGACCAUCAAUAUCGGUCUUCUACCCUCGCCUUUCUCAUCUGAUUCUUACAACUCACCCGAUUCACUCUAUGGCCAUGGCCACUUUCAGCGUCCUCCCACUGCUGCCGCAAUUCCCUCGAACAUGACAAAGGCUGAGACUGAAGUCUCUCGUCCCGUAUCGCGCAGCGCCAAGGAUCUCCGCUCCAUGCCCGUGGUAAACAGUACGAUUACCACAAUCAUCACCGGCGGCGCUCAUCGGCACAAGACCAACACCAACGGUAACAACACCAAGAAAUUGAUUCGCAAAAGUGCCAUCUCCCCACCUAUGGCCAUCAAACCUGCCUCGGCCUGUUUUCCCGUCUCGCAAUCAUCUGGCGACGUGGAUGGCCACAUCAACAACCCCACGAUGAACAGCAUCCCUCAACAAGCCAGCUCGUCCGCAUCCUCCAUACUCUACCCGUUCUCACCAUCCACGCGAGCGUUCACCUUCCAACCCCCCACCGACAACGGCCGAAACCUCUCCGUCUCCUCCUCAGCAAGCCGUCCUGGCACCGCGCCCUCCGCACGCGUCUUCCAGACCGCUACAACACCAAUUUCGGCACCCGUCCAACCCCUCUCCUCUCCACAAAACCAGGCAGCACACCGUCUCCCCCUCCAACCUCUCCCAGAAUAUCUCUUCGCCCGCAGCAAUGUGAUUGAAAACCACGAAGCCGAGCUUAAAAAGAAGAAGAAAGAACUCUCGUCCACCAAGAAGAGGAAUCGCAUGACACUUACUGGUUUGGGAAAUCUCAUCAAAUGGACGGGAAGAAGUAGCGCUGGAAGCGCGGAGAACGAUGGAUCGGAUAGAGAGGAGAUGGGUCGUGAGAAUUUGACCCGGAAGUUCCUCGCGCCGGGUGUGAUUGGGAAUGGAAGGAGGGCGUCUGGGGCGUAGACCAAGAGUUGGAGACCUUUCUGAGCUUUUGAAAAACCUCGAGCACACUGGUAUGAUUUUGAGAUUUUUCUGUCUUCUCAGAUGUUGUUUGCGCUUUUGUACUUAUUGUAACGAUGACGAUGGUAUGGGGAAUAGGCGGGAGUUUACAGGGACUGGCGAGAAGUUUUGUUUGCUUUCGGCUCGCAGCAGGAGUG